UUCCCGGUAAUUUUAUGCAGCUACUGUAGGGAGCUAAAGUUGUUUAGCGUUUUCUCUUAUUUAGGCACCAACACAUUAAAGAACACUUCUACAACUAGUUUAUCCCAUCCCAGUGGGGAAAGUCGUGAGGUUAGCAAGCUAUUUAUUGGCAUGCUUGCUUAGCCAUAGUUAGUGAUUUUAACGUAACGUUAGCCGGCUAGCCAGAUAUCAACAUACAUAGCUAGUCAGUGCACUUGUUGGUGAUACGUGGAUUCAACUUGAAGCCUUUUCUAGGAAUUUGAAUUAGAACAAAAAUGAAAGCAGUUAUCUGAGGAUGUUGUUGGACCAUCUGACAUGAAAAGAAAGAAGGCCGUUUGAUGAAAAAUCUUUUAAAUAAAAGAUACUUUCUUGUUUUAGAUGUCAACAUGUCCUUGAGUACAGUCCACUCCACACUGUCUAGUCUGAAAACAUGCCAGACAGAUAUUGGAACAGGGAUGGACAUUGUGACAGACGUUGCUCUGGACGUGGCAGAAACAGCAGGAAGUGAGAAUGAUGCAGUCCUGAAGAAGCUGGAGUUGAUGAUGCUGGAGUGUGCCAAACUGGACCAGGAGAUCAACUGCUUCGUCGAUGUGGUGAACUGUGUCACUGCGGAGGUGAGGAACCAGGAGCCCGAGGCCAUGUUCAGACUGAAGUCUCUGGUGAAGGACAAGUUCACUGAGAGACACAGCAGACUGUCUGAGGGAGAGAUACAGAACCACGGCAAGAUGGUCAGCUUUAAGGAGAACGUCACAAACGCACUCAAAACGGUGAACCCCGACGCAGCAGAGAAUAUGGAGGAGGAGCUGGAUGAGGACAUUGCUGUGACGCAGAGUGAGGUUAACUUCACCUGUCCCCUCACUCAGGUGGAGAUGGUGAACCCAAUGAAGAACAAGAAGUGUAACCACCACUACGACCGGGACGCCAUUAUGGGGAUGAUCAAGGCCAGGCAAAACCAGAAGAAGAAGCUACGCUGUCCGGUGGUUGGCUGUGGCAACACGGACGUGAAGCAGGGAGACCUGAUCUUAGAUCAGAUUAUGAAGAGACAGAUACAGAAGAGGUAGACUACCAAGGCAUCAUUCUGGGAUACGCCAACUCAUCAAUCCUGACAAUAAUAAUUUGACUUUUUAAUUCAUUGAGGGAAAAAACAUGACUUGUUGUUGUUGUUGUGACCAAAUGUUAUCUUGCUGCCGUGUCUGAUCGUAUUUGUUCAUCACAGAAUUGUGGUAUUCUGAAGUUUUCUGUAACAAAAACCUUUCUUUAUUUAUACUUAAGGGAUUCAUCUGUUUCAGUCAGUUAAAUAAAGGUUUUGAUACAAUUUA